UGCAAGCUUUCCCCACGCUUGAAAAUCCAGCGACGGCGGUUGGAGGCGGAAGAUACGGAGGAGAUGUGUAUCGAAUUUUGCCUGUGAACUUGAAGAAAGCCUAAAAUGAAGGAAUUAGCUCUGCAGUGCAGCAUUCCCCUCUCUUCCACCACAAAACUAAUUUUCCAACGGAGAAAUUUUCCCCAAUUUCAGUCCACUAGGAAUAGGUGUGUAAAUUGCAGCUCCGCCGCCGCUGGUAGCCGGAGAAAAUCGAGCAAGCCUCUACAAGUCGAAGAAAUCGAAGAUGGAUUGCGCAGCAGUAGGUAUUACGUGCAGAGCAAAGAUGAGGAAGAGGAGGUAGAAGAGGAUGAAGAUGGAGAUGAAGCGACGUCGUCGUCGAUGCUCCUAUCAUUGAGCAUAAAGCCUGACAGGAACAUUGCUUUGCUGGACGAUUACGAGAUGGAAGAGAUGGAUUACGUCUCCGACGACCCCAAUCACCGGAGCGGCUACGUGGCGGUGGUCGGAAAGCCAAACGUCGGAAAGAGCACUCUGUCGAAUCAAAUGGUCGGUCAGAAGCUGUCAAUCGUCACUGACAAGCCUCAAACAACUAGACAUCGUAUCCUUGGAAUAUGCUCUAGCUCGGAUUAUCAGAUGAUUCUGUAUGAUACACCGGGUGUUAUUGAGAAGAGAAUGCAUAAGUUGGAUUCUAUGAUGAUGAAGAAUGUGCGGAGUGCUGCCAUUAAUGCAGACUGUGUUGUCAUUGUUGUUGAUGCUUGUAGGGCGCCUGAAAAGAUUGAUGAAGUGUUGGAACAAGGAGUUGGAGAUCGGACGAGUAAGUUACCCACCUUGCUUGUUUUGAACAAGAAGGAUCUGAUCAAACCUGGGGAAAUUGCAAAGAAAAUCGAGUGGUAUGAGAAGUUUGCGGAUGUUGAUGAGGUCAUACCUGUGAGUGCCAAGUUUGGCCACGGAGUGGAUGAUGUCAAGGAAUGGAUUCUAUCUAAACUUCCUAAGGGACCAGCUUAUUAUCCUAAGGAUAUUACUAGUGAGCACCCCGAGAGAUUUUUUGUGGCUGAAAUUGUCAGAGAAAAAAUCUUUAUGCAGUACCGAAAUGAAGUCCCAUAUGCAUGUCAGGUUAAUGUUAUUAGCUAUAAAAGUAGGCCCAACGCAAAAGAUUUUAUCCAAGUAGAGAUUGUUGUGGAGAAGAACUCACAGAAGAUUAUCCUUAUUGGAAAGGAAGGAAAAGCAUUGAAGGUACUAGCAACAGCAGCACGGCUAGAUAUAGAAGAUUUCCUGCAGAAGAAAGUUUUCCUUGAGAUAGAAGUGAAGAUUAAAGAGAACUGGCGACAGAACGAAGGACUGCUCAAAUACUAUGGAUAUGGUGGUCAAAUACAAGCUUUGUGACACACGUAUGACCUUCGAUCCGUACAUAUGCCACGAGUUUCGCUCAUGUACAAGUUUUGGUGUGCACAUAUGAAGGCUCUAGUUGAGACAAGAAAUUGAGGAAUACUACUGGAAGAUCAGUUGCCAUCAUGCUGAAAGGAAGGUAAAGCCAAAGUUGCUCAUUGAGUUUUGGCUCAAGGAAGGUGGCAGUGGUAUUUGAACUUAGAAGUCGAUAGAAUAGAUCAUGUGGGAGAGUCAAGUCUCUUGCAUUUUGAAAUACAUGUUGAUUUUUUGUCAAUUGUAUCAUUUAUUAUUUUGAUAAAAAAAAGUAGGGAAUUUAAUCCUGAA